AAGCGAGUUCGUGCAGGCGGCCCGCCAAAGCCAUGGAUGCUGCCAAGAACUUCUUAGAUGCAACUGAGGAGAGGGCAGAUUUGAAUCAGUAUUGGUUCUCCCCUGCCACUGUCUCCACCUUCGUGGCAGAGAUUUGUGACAAGGGUGGCACUGCCGCGCUGGUCUCCACUCCAUCGGUCUAUUUUAGUCUGCCAGAGGAUGCGCGGAAGAUGUGCAAGGUCCUGGACUUCGACCGUCAGUGGCAAUCGGAUCCAGGCUAUGUGUUCUACGAUUUCAACCAACCCGAAGAGCUCCCAGAGGAGCUCCAUGGGUCGUUUGACUUUGUGCUGAUCGAUCCUCCCUUCAUCACACGAGAGGUCUGGGAAAAGUAUGCCAUCACAGCUCGUUUCCUCGCCGCAAAGGGUGCAUGCCUCUUGUGCACAACCAUUGCAGAAAAUGCUGCCAUGAUGCUGGAACUGAUGGGGCUUCACCCAGCCAAGUUCCGACCUGGAAUCCCCAAUUUGGUUUACCAGUACAGCAUCUACGUGAACUACAGCUCCGACCGCCUGAAGGCGCUGAAUCCCGAGAUCGACCAGGACGACUGGCAGCGACACUGGCGACCCGCAAGCAGACCCAGCGACAGCGACCCCAGCGACCCGGCGGAGCGUCCAGUGGGUGCAGCUCGGUCAGAGGAGUCACAGCCAGAGAUGGAAGAGGUGCCCAGCUUCGAAGAGACACCGGAGCUGCUGCUGUUGGGGGAGCUGCGGCGGCAACUUUUCAUAUUGAAACGUGCCAUUGAGGCCAUUCAGGCGCCUCUGCAGAUGGCUUUGCGACGAAACUCCAAGGGCAUCAGCGGCACCAACCAAGCGGCUGCCAAGGUGGAUGCUGCGAGGCUUUCAGCGUCUGAGAUUGUGGAUGCCUUGCAACAGUGGCUCGAGGCUCAUGGACUUGAGGUGUCCGCAGCCAUGGAUGGCUCCAGCGAGCCUUGGCACAUGCCAGAGCUGGAUGAGACCCGCUCGCUCCUCGCUUCGCAUGAGCUCAGCACAGACUGGUCCCAGCGCUGUCGGCAAGCCGCAGGGAAGCUCUUCCAGAGGAGUAACCAGGUUUUGGAGCGCACCAAAAUGUUGAAAGCGCAGCAAAAAGCUGGCAUCGUAGCAGAUGUUCUCAAAAGAGUCCGGGAGAAACCAGAGAUUUCCUGGAAACUGACGGACAGCGUUCGGUGA